AUGGAGUCUACGACUGGAAGCCCAUUUCCAAAAGUAGCCCAGCUUCUUUCAGCCCUCUUUGUUGUGGUUUUCUCAUGUAUCUCCUAUGCUCUCAGCAAAGCUUUCUACAAUGUCUUCUUCCAUCCUCUUCGAAGAUUCCCCGGACCCAAGUCAUGGGCUGCGAGCCGCAUCCCGUAUAGCCUCGCCCAGGUCGACGGGGAGCCUCACAAGCAUCUCCUAGCCCUCCACGACAAGUAUGGUCCUAUUGUCAGAAUCGCCGACAACGAGUUAUCCUUCAUCUAUCCUGAUGCAUGGAAAGACAACAACGGCCAUCGAAAAGGGGGCGUACCCGAGAACACCAAGGAGCCACUAGCCAUUCUCGGCAACGAACACAAUCUUUUUGGUGCGAACCUUGAGGACCACAGUCGUAUGCGUCGCGUUCUCUCGCACGGGUUUUCUAUGCAGGCCAUGAAGGAUCAGCUGCCUCUCAUCUCGGCCCACGUCGACCUCCUGCUACAACGGCUGCGGAAGCACUCAGCCGGUGGGGCUCAUCCUGUCGAUAUGGUGUCUUGGUAUAACCGCGUCACGUUCGACGUCAUUAGUGACCUGUCCUGGGGUGAGCCACUGGGAUGUCUGGAGAAAGAGCAGGAUCACCCGUGGAUCGUGGCCUUGGGACACACCGUCAAGUACCAACUGUACCUUGGAAUCGCCAAACACUUUCCGGCCUUUACCACCUUACUGAAAGCCUUCAUCCCGAAGGAGUUGACUAGACUGGAGCAGGAGAACUUCGCAUUGGCUGCCGCGAAUGUCGAAAAGCGAAUCGCCUUGGCGGAUUCCCGCCCAGAUUUCAUGGAAUCAAUGAUCCGACAAAAGGGGGAAAGAGAGAUUCAAAAACACGAGAUGGUCAGCAAUGCCUUCCUGCUCAUGCUUGGAGGUUCUGAGACGUCCGCGACCGCACUUUCAGCAGUUACGUACUUCUUGACGUCUCACCCGGCAGUUCUGUCCAAGCUCACCCACGAAGUCUUGUCUACGUUUCAAACGGAAGAAGAAAUCAACAUCAACUCAGUCCAAAACCUCCCAUACAUGCUAGCUGUCUUGGACGAAACCCUACGGCUGAAUCCGCCUCUUCCUGGCUCUUCGCCGCGCGUGGUUCACAGGGGGGGCGACACGUUCAAUGGGUUCUUUGUCCCAGAAGGCACCGUCAUUGGAAUUCCUCAGUGGCCAAUGUAUCACAGCUCUCAGAACUUCACGCUCCCUGAGUCCUUCAUCCCAGAGCGCUGGUUGGGUGAUCCUCGCUUCUCUAGCGAUCAAAGAGAAGCCAGAAAGCCGUUCAGCUAUGGGCCGAGGAACUGCAUUGGAAUGAACCUUGCGUAUACCGAAAUGAGGAUUAUCCUGGCCAGAAUCAUUUGGAAUUUCGAGAUGAGACUUUCUCAUGAGAGUAGGAAGUGGACCGACGGGCAGCAGGCGUGGGUUGUUUGGGACAAGCCCGCGUUGAAGGUGUAUUUGACACCCCGUGAUUCGGUUCCGUCUAAGGCUUAG